AAACAAAAAAUCAAACCAACCAACAAAGAAAAACAAACCAAAAAUGCAAAAACAACAAGAAAAUGAAGAGACUGCAAUGGACUCUUUGAUGUCUCCAAGUUUCAGCACUUAUUCUUCUAAUAACAUAAACGACGUCGCUGAACAGGUUAUUAACGAAAACGACUACUCGCACUCCCAAAACGACAAAGAUGAUUUCGAAUUCGUCGCGUUUCCAAAAACUGCUGAUGAGGUUUUCUCCGAUCACCACCGCGGCAAUUCAACUCGUGGCGUCUUUCCGAUCUACAACCACAACCAAAAGAGAAAUUCUGUUAUGGCGGAGAUGAAUCCGUUACGAUAAUUGAUGAAUUCCGACGGCGACAGAAGGAAUUCCGAAGAGGUGGAUAUUUCGAUUGCGUUACGGAAAGUAACCACUGGAGAUCAGAAUCGGAAUAUUGAUCCUCCAUCGUCGUCUUCGUCUGACGUGUGGGACGAACUUGAUGCGGUUUCGCCGGAGUCGUAUUGCUUGUGGACACCUAAAUCUCCGAUAUCAUCACCGAUGGCUUCUCCGAUCAAAUGCAAGAAAAGCAAUUCAACUGGUUCGUCUUCGAAUUCCACGUCAUCGAAGCGAUGGAAGUUUCUGAGUUUACUCCGGCGUUGUAAAAGCGACGGAAAAGAAUCGAUGAUUCUCGUAACUCCGUCAUUAGAGUUUAAGAAGGAAGCGAAAGUAGAGAAUUCAAAGGUGAAAAGCGGUGGAAAAGGAAGCGUAGAGAAGAACAUUGCGAAAGUGGUGGGAAGAAAGGUUCCGGUAGCGGAGAGGAAAGUUCCGGCAGCGGUAACGGCAAUGGAAGCGUUUUAUCUAAGAAAGAAAGAGAAUAAUAGAAACUCAUAUUUACCGUAUAAGCAAGAGUUAAUUGGCUUUGGUGUUGGUUUUCAUGCUAAUAUUGGAACUGUUUGAUUCAUUUUACUUGAUAUUUUAACUUUUUCUUUUAGUUCAAAAGAAAGAGAUUAGGACUUACAUAGGUUAAUCUUAAAGGGUAUUAAUUUCUUACAAUUUUUUGGAGUAGGAAAAAAUGAAAAAGAAAAGUAAUUUUAGAUUAUUAUUUUUGUCUUUUGAUGUAAGAUUUUACAUAGAGAAAUAUAAUAUUUUUGUAAGUAUUUGAAUCGGGAUUCAUGGAAAUCCGUGUUAAUAUUUGUGGAGAGAGUAUUUGUUAUUUUGUGUGUAAUUGAGAAAUGAAUCACUUUAAUAUUCCACAACUUAGACUCAACCUUGUAAUUAGACUCACCAGAAUUGUUGAUACUAAUUUGAUUAUGGAAGUAGUGGUAGUCAUCUCACAUUAUAAGUACCAUUUUUGUUAGGAACUCAAAUAAGAUUAUUUGUAUUAUUGUUCGGGUUCUGAGGGUUUUUAAGGAUUUUAUUGCUGUUAUAAGGUAGAA